AUGAAAAAAUUUUCGCUCGAAACUUUUCAAUUUUUGUAUGGAAUGUAUUUUUAUGAGUUCUUUUUAGUUUCUCAUGGUUUUCUCGCCCCUUCCGACUCAAAAUAUUAUGCUUGUCUGAAGCUUUCCAAGAUCACGAGCACGGGCACGCUCAAGCUUGAGCUUGCGGGCAUCAGACUUGGCAGACAUGACUCCUCCCCCCCAGUGCUUGCGGAUCUCCUCGUGGCGCUCACUGAAGUUGUUGUUGACAGUCUCGACGAGUUUGUUCAAGGCAGACUUGUCCUCUCUGAAACAAAAAACAGUCUCACUCAUAGCCUCACUUUACUAUCUUACGGCGAGAGCAGCAGUGGUCUUUCUGCGGACAACGGUUCCGAGAGCAGCCUUUCCCUUGAUGAUGGCGUAUGGAACGUUGAAUUUGCGGCAGAGGGCUGGGAGGUGGAGAACAAUCUCGAUUGGGUUGACAUCGUGAGCGAUGAGGACCAAUUGAGCUCUGCGGGUUUCAACAAGGCGGGUGAUGGUGUUGACUCCAUGGCGGACAGUGUUUGGGCGCUUGGUGACUUCCUCCUUCUUUCCAGCAGCACGAGCCUCGACGAUCCUUCUUGCUGA